AUGAGGCCAGUGGACGUUACACCCGAGCGUGUCCUGGAGGUAUAUAAUAACUUGUACCAUGGACUUAAGCCCACAAAUAACAAAACUAAGUUUAAAGUAGGAGACUAUGUCCGAAUCAGUCGUGAAAAACAAACCUUUGAAAAAGGGCUGGAAGAUCUCGAUAAGGAUGCGAUUCAAGGCACGUUUUAUGAGGCCGAACUUCAGAAGGUCACCAAGCCCGAGACGUUCAAAAUAGCAUAUAUAGUGCGCUCCAAAGGCAAAAAGGGUAGUCGUCAGCACUUUGUUCACUGGAGAGGUUAUCCUGAAAAAAGUCGCUCCUGGAUUUUGGAUUCAGAUCUCGUAUAA